AUGCCCUGCAAUCGGGGUGAAACUUCGUCCUUCAAAUUAUGCCGCUGCUCUUGUCGAUGGCGAUGCAAAUGCCUCAUUCUCCGGAAACCAAAACCCCCGCCGCCUUUCGGAAGCUCGGUGCCAAUCGGGGCGAAAAUUGGAAUGCACCCGCGUCUCGGGGUGAAAUUGAACGACGGCCCGCCCCCAGGGACCUACGAUCCUCCGCCCCUGGUAUCAAAAUGCCCCGUAACAAGCUGGAAGCGGGAAGAAGAGAUGAAGGAGUUCGCUGAAACGAUGGGCGGUAAACUCCCGGAGAAAUACGCUCUCCAGAGGGACCUGAUGAAGCGUGGCCGCGGGCCGGGUGUACACGAUAUUCGACAAUGGCCAGAAGUCGUUUUGGAAGGAAGCUGCAACAUCCGGCGUGAAAAUACCGGCUUUGGUAGAAUUCCCAGAUUCAAAAACUCCCGCGCCAAGGAAACACCCGGUCCAGGAUACACUGGAAAAGAACACAACCCGUAUUACCACGUUGAGAAGAAUCGGUUCAAGUCCUUCUCCUGCCUUUCGAGUUUCGAGUACGACGGUUGUUUACCCAGAUUCAAGAAAUCCGUUCGCAGCUGGUCGAUUCCCUGCAACCGGUACAACGUGCGACAUCCGGACUCUAUGGACAGCAAAUUGAAGAAGGUAACGAGCAAGCGAGGACCGUACGACUUGUUCACAGGACCGCGAGACGCGAGCACAAUCUUGGGUUACCUAGCCCGACCGAAGCCAACGGACACCAAAAACUGGCCGACGAAGUUUCCGAGCGAUUUCGAGAAGGCCGUUGAAGGAUCGAACCGGUUCAAAGGAGCCUGGACGAGCUGUCCAAGGUUCACCAAGAAACCGACGGUGCGAAGCAUGCUCGAGGACAUCAGCCUCUGCUACAAGGAACCGGAAGCCCCGGGACCAGGCUGGUACACUCCUGUCCAUCCCGCGGAGCUGCGACCCGAAAGGAAAGGAGUGGUCCACCCUUUCAACGACAGUGUGAAGAUCGCGAGGCCGCUUCGACCCUUCGAAAUAAGCCCCGGGCCGGGUAGUUACGAGGUGAUUUCCGGGCGGAAACGGAUCCCCGGUAACGGCUGGACGUUUGUCUUUAGUUCGAAGCUGCAGAGAAGCAUCGCCCCGAAACAGGACCAGUACAACUCCUUCUGA